GGAAAAACCCAACAGUGCUUCAACCGCCACCACUUUUCAACAUGACGUCGGCGACUCCCACUGCGUUUGAGCUCACGGAAGAGUUCAUUCAGAGCCGUCGCGGCAUCCAGCUAUACACUCGCAAAUACAUUCCGUCGCAAUCGCAUCACAUCGUGUUUGUGUUUCUUCAUGGCGUUGGAGAGCACUGUUCGCGGUACCACGACACGUUUACGACCCUGGCAUCCCAAGGCAUUGCAGUCCAUGCAUUGGAUCACCAUGGCCACGGACACAGUGAAGGUCCUCGAUUCGACUGCGUUGCGUUCGAUCACUUCACCGACGACAUUGCGACCUUCACCGAUCACAUUCGCUCGGCGUAUACCUCGUGCCAUGACGUCAAGUACUUCCUCGGAGGCGUGUCCUUGGGUGGUUUACUUGCGGCAACCGUCGCAGUGGCGGCCCCCGAUCGCUGGGACGGAGUCAUUUUGUACGCUCCAGCCAUCGGCAUCGAGUACACGUGGAUAUUGCGACUUCAGUCCAUAUUUGCCCCCGUGUUGGAAUGGCUCGUCCCCACGUGGGAAAUCGUCCCUGGCGUGAUUCCAAAAUGGAUCAGCCGCAACCUCGAGUAUUUGGACGACUACACGUCCGACCCGCUAAACAACCACCGACCGCUCAAGGUUCGGUUGGCCAUGUCGAUUGAGCGUUCGAUGCACGCCCUCCUGUCGCGGCAAUCGGAUUUUCGCACGCCACUGCUCUUGUUUCACGGCACGGCAGACCUCGUGACGAGUCCAGUUAUGUCUGAGCGAUUCUUCAACGCAAUCCCUGCUCAAGAUAAAACGUUCGAGAGUCUGCCGGGCCAAUUUCAUGCGCUGCUGAAUGAACCCGAGCGCGCGGCGACUGUCCUCGCCACGGUGAAUUGGCUCAAAGCGCGCUCCAAGUUGUAGCUUUUUUUGCCAUACAUUUGAAUCGAAUUCGAGCCCGUCGACAGGGACAUGACGCACUGUCAUGCACGACCACUGCACGCGAGACUUGUCUGCCGCGCACACAUCCUU